ACGAUGCUGUCAAUUCUUCGCAAAGCGGUGAACGUAAACAAAUCCUGUCUUGCUAGCACCGCAAAACAAACUGAAUUUAUUAUUUUACUUCUCCUAAACUCACGAUACGAAUCAUUUGAUAAUAGUUGCUGUGGCAUCAUUGUGUAACUGGUGUAAUAGACCAGCAAGAAAUAGAUUGAUAUUCUUCACUACGACCACUGCCCAGAUCGUGCCUUGUGUGCCAGUGAAUUUGUCUGUGUGUCAGUGCUAAACUCCUUACGAUGACUACCGCCGUAAUGAUGGAUUACGAGUUUAAGAUGAAAACGCAGCAAGAGCGAGCUAAGGUGGAGGAUCUGUUCGAGUACGAGGGCUGCAAGGUGGGCCGUGGUACGUACGGACAUGUUUAUAAGGCCCGCCGUAAAGAGGGCAACGAUGCCAAGGAUUACGCACUCAAGCAAAUCGAAGGGACCGGUCUAUCGAUGUCCGCUUGUCGUGAGAUUGCGUUACUGCGCGAAUUGAAACAUCCGAAUGUGAUAAACUUGAUCCGCGUGUUUCUGUCGCACACGGAUCGCAAAGUAUGGCUGCUGUUUGACUAUGCCGAGCAUGAUCUGUGGCACAUUAUUAAGUUUCACCGUGCGGCCAAAGCGACGAAAAAACCAGUCAUGGUACCGAAGGGCAUGGUGAAAAGCUUGCUGUAUCAAAUAUUGGACGGAAUCCAUUAUUUGCAUAGCAACUGGGUGUUGCACAGGGAUUUGAAACCGGCCAACAUUUUAGUGAUGGGUGAAGGAAACGAGCGUGGCCGUGUGAAGAUAGCCGAUAUGGGGUUUGCCCGUUUAUUCAACGCGCCGUUGAAACCGUUAGCAGAUCUUGAUCCGGUGGUCGUCACCUUUUGGUAUCGGGCACCGGAGCUACUACUCGGAGCCCGCCAUUACACCAAAGCGAUCGAUAUAUGGGCGAUUGGAUGUAUUUUUGCAGAGCUGUUAACAUCGGAACCAAUUUUCCACUGCCGACAGGAGGAUAUCAAAACCAGCAAUCCGUACCAUCACGAUCAGCUGGACCGCAUAUUCAACGUGAUGGGCUUUCCGCAGGACAAGGACUGGGAGGAUAUUCGGAAAAUGCCGGAACACCACACACUUACGAAGGACUUCAAGCGCUCAAAUUAUGCCAGCUGUUCCUUGGUGAAGUACAUGGAGCGCCACAAAAUCAAACCAGACAGUAAAGCGUUCCAUCUUCUGCAGAAGUUACUCUUGAUGGAUCCGAACAAACGUAUAACGUCGGAGCAGGCCAUGCAAGAUCCAUACUUUUCCGAAGAUCCCAUGCCUACGGCCGACGUAUUUGCCGGAUGCCCGAUACCAUACCCUAAACGGGAAUUUCUCACUGAUGAGGAUCAGGAUGAUAAAGGGGAAAAGCGACAGCAGCAACAGCAGCAGCAGCAACAACAACAGCAGCAACAACAGCAGCAACAACAACAGCAACAGCAACAACAGCAGCAACAGCAGCAGCAACAGCAACAACAGAAUAAUCAGCAAAAUCAGCAAGGAAAUCAACAGCAGCAGCAACAGAAUCAACAACAAUCUGGCAAUCCAAUGCAACAAGGCGGCGGUGCAGGAGGUGCAGGUGGCGGCGGCCAAGGAGGUGGUGGAAUGGAUCACAACAAUGCUAAAAGAGUGCGACUUGCGGGACCGAAUGGCCAUCCGAAUAAUUCGCAGGGUGGGAUGACACAGCAAGAGUAUCAUCAGCAACAGCAGCAGCAAAAUCAGCAACAACAGCAGCAAAAUCAAAUGAUGUUUAACAGCGGCCAACAAGGAGGAUUCCAGCAGCGGUAUUAAUAUGAACUUGAAAGCAAAACACAUUAUAAUAGGCAAACAAAUGCAAUCUCUGUAUGGAGAGACCCGAACAUAAAAUCUAAUAAAUAUAAUUUCUAAUUUUUGCUACAAUUUUAA